GAACAUCACAUGACUCUCUGACGUCAGAAGGUCCUCAGCUACAGCAGUAUAUCGCCUUUCCCGGGGGUCGCCGGGUGAUGCGGGAGGUCACAUGGCCUUCACCGCCGCCAACCAGCCCCAGCUCGUCCGCAGCUGUCAGAAGGACGAGCAGUUCCAGGGCAGCCUGCGGGGCCGGGCACAUGGGGCCUUCCAGGCGUUCACGGGUGCCAAAAAAUGGCUGCAGUGGAGGAAAGAAAUAGAACUUUUAUGUGAUCUCGCAUACUACACGCUCACUACAUUUUCAGGUUACCAGACUCUCGGGGAGGAAUAUGUGAAUAUUGUGCAGGUAGAUUCCACUAAGCGGAAGGUGCCAUCCUUGCUGCAGCGCACAUUACUCAUCUGCUGUCACACACUAUUCCCCUACCUACUGGACAAGGAGCUGGUGCGUCUGGAACACGAGAUACACAUAGAAAUAGAUGGAGUACGGGUCCCGCACAGCAACUUGUCGUCUGGAUCCCAUCACCGGUCAUGGAUGUGGAAAUGGACUCACAGAAAAAUUGCUGCUCUCUCCGACCAGCAGAAAAAGACAUUGGUGAAGGCCGUGUAUAUAUUCAGGCAGAGUAUUACUUUCCUCAGAAGGUUUCACCUGGCCUUAUUCUACAUGAAUGGAACAUUCUACCAUAUUGCCAAAAGAAUUACUGGUAUCCACUAUCUCCGUGUGCGAGGAUCAUCUGGGGAUGACUGUCUUGUACGCAAGAGUUACAGCCUCCUUGGUGCCGUGUCCAUGGUUCAUCUCCUGUUGCUGGUCUUUGUUCAGAUGCAGAGCGUUCAGCACAAGCAGGAGGCUCAGCAGAAGUUUAAACUUCACCGAAGGAUGUCCUACCAGAGAGCACCACCACAUGAGAAGUCAUACCAGCGGCCAUCCAAAUGCACAUUGUGCUUAGAACACAGGCGGCACAGUACGGCCACCCCUUGUGGACAUCUCUUCUGCUGGGAAUGCAUCACUGAAUGGUGUAACACCAAGGCUGAAUGCCCAUUAUGUCGGGAGAAAUUCCAUCCGCAGAAGCUGGUCUACUUGAGGCACUACCGAUGACUUUCCUAAAAGGGUCGCCUCCAAAUUCUAGGGCUUUACAGACGUCCUCUUAAGAAGCUGCGUCACUCCUCACAUUUAGGGUUGAGGUUUUCUAACAUAAAAGCACAAUUACUCCAGGCCAAGCUAACAGUCUGAGGUUUACAGGAUACCUGCAGCCAUAAUACUGUACUGACUGUCUGGUAUAUAGGAAUUAAAUCAUAAAUCUAA